UCUCGCUCUUGGCCACAGCCACUUACGCUCGAGCUCCAAAGCCGGGAUUCUUCCAAAUCUACGCUGGCCCACUCCGGUACGGAGUCCAUGAGCCCCGCGCAAACUCUGCUGGAGUGCGGACUGUGCUUUUGUUAAGUGUACUCCACUCCAAGAGUUGUGGGCUAUUUACUCAGGGUCCCAGCUGCAGCUGCUGGUGCAGUGCCGCCUCCCCGUCCUCCCCCAAGCUCUGACUUCUAGGAGCCCUGGCACCCCGGGGGCCUCCCACAGAGUGUCUGUCUCCCAAAGUCGUGCACACGCUGCCUCCAGCCACGCACACUGGGGCUCCCGCGACUCCUCUCCGCUCGGGAGUCGCGAUGCCCUUGGGACACAUCAUGCACCUAGAUCUGGAGAAGAUCGCCCUCGAGUACAUCGUCCCCUGCCUGCAUGAAAUCGGCUUCUGCUACCUGGACAAUUUCCUGGGCGAGGUAGUAGGCGACUGCGUCCUGGAGCGCGUGAAGCAACUGCACUGUAAUGGGAACCUGCAGGACGGACAGCUGGCUGGACCCCGCUCCGGAAUCUCCAAGAGGCAUUUGCGGGGAGAUCAGAUAACCUGGAUCGGGGGCAACGAGGAAGGCUGCGAAGCCAUCAACUUCCUCCUGUCCCUGAUCGACCGGCUGGUUUUGUACUGCGGAAGCCGCCUGGGCAAAUAUUAUGUCAAAGAAAGGUCCAAGGCUAUGGUGGCUUGCUAUCCUGGGAAUGGGACUGGUUAUGUUCGACACGUGGACAACCCCAAUGGAGAUGGACGCUGUAUCACCUGUAUCUAUUAUCUGAACAAGAACUGGGAUUCCAAGUUACAUGGUGGUAUUCUUCGGAUAUUCCCAGAAGGAAAGUCCUUUAUAGCAGAUGUGGAACCUAUUUUUGACAGACUACUCUUCUUCUGGUCAGAUCGUAGGAACCCACAUGAAGUACAGCCUUCCUAUGCUAUGAGAUAUGCUAUGACUGUUUGGUACUUUGAUGCAGAGGAAAGAGCAGAAGCCAAAAAGAAAUUCAGGAAUUUAAUUGGGAAAACAGAAACCUCCCGAAGUGAGGACUGACCUGGAGAUCAGCUGGCACUGUUCCUUUCACAAACACUGUCUCUGCAAGCGACAAGAUCCAAAGAUGUCCUCUUCGUUGACUUGUGGGAAAGAUACCCUUUCCUACAAAUGCACCAUUCAUGUCUCUUAUCUUGCCUGUGGUACUCUGCAUUCUUCUGCCGGGACUCUAUUCAUCUCCAGAUACUCUCUGUGACUUUGGAAGAACUUGAAGACUUGCCGACUCCAGAAAUACAGUUGAGCAGUGACCUGUUCAGCAAGUUUAGCAGAUGACUUUUGGGCUCCACCCAUUGUAAAGAUGAUGAACAUGGAAACAAACAUAGGGGAGGGAACAAAUCUUAUUUGCACUUUAUGUAAACUUUUUGGAUUGAAAGAAAGCUUUGCCAAGAAAUGCUGCCUCUGGAAACAAAUUGAGGGAAAGAGUCAAGUGUUCCUAGUGCACCAUUCAGCUACACAUCCUUGGACAGGCUUUCUGUGGCUUAGCUCAAAUAUAUGUUUUCACUGUCUCUACAAAGGGCUGUCUUUGUCAUUGUAAUACCUUCAUUUAUGCCUUAUUGGCAUAUAUCCUUUCUUCCUGGUCUUGGAAGUAAGGCUUCCUGCCUCUGCACAAGUUGAGUGAAAAUGUUAACUUUGGAUGAGAUAGCAGUAUCAUUUUACUUCCCCUUUAAUUUUCUUCCCUUAAGAGAUUGGUUCCCCAAAAGUCUAGUCAAGGCUGGAAUUUUAACAUUAUUUUAUUGUUUCUUUAAUGGAUAGAGUUGUGAAUCCAAGAUAAAAAUCUAUCUGGACCUUAGAACUGAUUUAUGAUUUUGUUAAAAACAAACAAACUAGAUCUCGGGUUAAUUUUUUUUUAAUUAACAAAAAUUUUUUCUUCCCAUUAUCUCCCCCCUCCCCUACCCAAUUUUAAAAAAGAAAAAAAAAUUGUAUAACGUGCUUUGUCAAACAAACAAAUUGCUGUAUUGGCUAUAUCCACAAUUAAAUUUCUCAUUCUUGAGACAUCAUUUCUCUGUCAAGAGGUAGGUAAGUAGCAUGGUUCCAUUGGACCUCAGACUUUAUAUGUGGUCCCACUGGUUCUGGUGGGAAAGAGGACUCAGGAAAAUUAAUAAUGAUUUCCUCUUUAAAAAAAAAUGAGGUCAUCCUCCUUUGAGAAAGUGGAGUAAAAAACAAUCUACAUUUUUAAAAGAAAAUAGAAAUAAAAAAUUUCUGGAAAAAAAUUCUAUGUUGAGUCACUUGACCCUGUCCAUUCCCAUAAUCAGAAUUUUGGUUAGACUUUGCUAUUUCAGUCUCAUUCCUAUUGUCAGUGUUACAGAGGUUAUAUAUUUACUGAAUGUUAUAUACCGAAGGUUAUAUAUUACUUACGUGAAAUUGGGGGUGUUCUUUGGGACUUUUUCAGGGUACACUUUCCCUCUUCCUUAGCCUCCAUUUCCCAUACCAUUGUGGACUUACUCAUCUUUGUCUGCUAUAGCUUUUUAUGUUCCCUUUUCUAUGUUAUUUGGAAUUGUCUCAUUUCCCUAUCCUUCACCUUGUGAAGAAGGAAAAUGAGAAACACUUUCAUUUUCACUAGAUAGAGAUGUUACAUUUCUUGGAGAAAAUAACAAAUUUAGUUCCUCCAUGGUUGAAAAGCCUCAGAUAAGAAAUGGCAACAUUUCUACCUGGGUCCCACUUCAAGCUCUUCUCCACAGAUAUCUCUGGACACAUACAGAGCAUGUCCCUUCCUUUCUUCCCCAUUUUGUCACCAUGAAAAGACUCCCUGAUUCUUUCUAUAUAUGAACACAACUUUCUACCAUCAUAUGUUUGUAAAUCCAGGAGAUACAUUUUAGAACUCUUUAGUGUCAUCAUUAGUUUGGUGAAUGAAACUGGGCUGAUUAUUUGCCAAAUGGCAAAGUGUCGUAGAAUAUUCUGCGAACCACUAUUAGUUGGAAGAUUGGACGGGAUUUCUCUUCUCUACCUUGAAUCACUAAGAGUAUAAAUUUAGCCUUGAUGAACGUAGCUGUAGCUGCACUAAGAUAGGAUCCCUAACAAUAGACUGAAAGAUAAAAGUGAGAGGAAAAACUAGCUAUCCUAGUGCAAUACUUGUGUAUUUUGAAGUUGACUAUUUUGCUUUGAGGGGUUUUCCCCUCCUUUUGGAGAGGAAUUGACCUGUUAUUUCAUCAGCAUUGGGAAUUCCUGGUGAGGGAUUUCCGUUACUAAUGUAUAAGCAUUAACUCUUGCAGUUUAUAAUCUUGGUUGCUAGAGGUACCAACAGGUUAAGCAACUUUCCAGUGCUCACAAAUCCCUCUAUUGCCUAUUCCAAAGUUUUUCACCUGUAUUCCUCAUAUGUACUAAUGGGGUAUUUGAUUGCUGGGAGUAAAUGCAAAUUGAUUGAGUAUCAGAUUAUUAAAAGAGGAUAGUUCUAAUAUUGUUAAUUGAUCAUUUUUUCCCAAUUUUUUUUUUAACUUGUCCAAGGUCUGAUUUUUCUUACCUAAACCCUUGGGGAAAAGGUACUAUACAAUAAAUGCUUAAAAUUAAAUUAAA